AUGGCCACAUCGCAAACCGAUCCCGCGUUGAAUCCUGUGGUGCCAUUAUUCAAGUCUUUGGGUCUAACCCAAGCCAAGGCCUUGGAGGCGGCCAAGUCGCCCAAAAGCGCCACCGUGCUUAAGGACAUCAUAGAGAAAUACUCCCUUGUUGGGAGAGCAGACGAAAAGCAAGGAAGUUUAGUUGUGGCGCUGGCUGGACAGCUUGCUAAAUCUGAGAACGUUGGUGAGCCAGAGCGCAAAUACGUUAUUGACAAGAUUUUGGAGGGAGAUUUGAAAUCUGUGGACCAAGUAACGGUGGCGACUAAGUAUGUCGAAACACACCCCGUUCCAGUCAACGAAGCGAAAUUCAAUCAGGAGUGUGGUAUUGGUUACAGUAUUUCACCGGAAGAGGUCUAUGACAAAGUAUUGGCGUACGUUAAGGACAAUGUCGUCGCUGGAUGGAGCUGUCUUGGCUCGGUCAUUUCCGCAAUUCGUUCUACACCGGAACUUCGUUGGGCGACUCCGGUGGAGGUCAAGAACGCGGUGGAGAAGGUGUUCACUGCAAAGUUUGGUCCGAAGGAGAGCUUCAAGGGCAAAGGAAAGAAGGAUACUCUGAAGAUUAAGGCUUCCGUCGCCCUCGUAGCUGAAACUUCUACCCCGAAGAGGACCGUAUUUGAAGAAGGCUUCCUAGGGAACCUACACGAACCCGGUGAAAACCCCCAGAUCAUGCCUCACCUUCGUGAUGCCCAUCUAGCUGCCACUGGCGGUAACGUAUGGACGCGGUUUCCCCCUGAGCCUAAUGGCUAUCUCCAUAUCGGCCACUCGAAAGCUAUCUUCGUGAAUUUCGGAUAUGCCGCUCACCAUGGUGGAAAGUGCUAUCUUCGUUACGAUGACACGAAUCCUGAGGCGGAGGAGGUGCGUUAUGUGGAAAGUAUACUGGAGAUUAUCCGGUGGCUGGGCUACGAGCCGUGGAAGAUUACCUAUUCGAGUGAUUAUUUCACUGAAUUGUAUGACUUGGCGGUCGAGCUCAUUAAACGGGGCAAGGCUUAUGUUUGCCAUUGCUCUCAGGACGAAAUCAAGUCUGAUCGUGGAGGUGGACGUGGACAGCCCAAAUCAUGCAUCCAUCGUGACCGCCCCAUCGAAGAGUCGCUUGUGGAAUUCGAGAAUAUGAAGAAUGGGAAGUAUAAACCCAAAGAAGCCAACCUGCGCAUGAAGCAGGAUCUAAAUGAUGGUAACCCUCAGAUGUGGGACCUUACAGCGUAUCGUGUACUCGAGAAAGAGCACCAUCGUACACACGGCAAAUGGAAGAUAUACCCCACAUAUGACUUCACGCAUUGCUUGGUCGAUAGCUUUGAGAAUAUCUCACAUUCACUCUGUACGACAGAAUUUGUUGCCUCUCGCCAGUCGUAUGAAUGGCUUUGCGAUGCCUUAGAGGUCUAUAAGCCCAGGCAAUCCGAAUAUGGUAGAUUGAAUAUAGAGGGUACGGUCAUGUCGAAACGGAAAAUCCUUGCCCUCGUGAAUGAGGGAUUUGUGAACGGUUGGGAUGACCCGCGUCUCUACACCCUCAUCGCACUAAGGAGGCGCGGUGUACCACCUGGAGCCAUCAUUUCCUUCGUCAGCGGACUAGGCGUUUCGACCGCAUCAUCGAACAUCGAAAUAGCUCGUUUCGAACAAACUGUGAGGCAAUACCUCGAAAACACCGCACCUCGGCUCCUGAUGGUGAUGAACCCCCUCAAAGUCACUAUCGAGAACGUACCUGAAGAUUCAGUAACCAUCGUCGAGAAACCUCUACAUCCCAAGGUUCCAGAACUAGGUGCAAGCAAGAUUCCUUUCACACGCACGAUAUAUAUUGAUGCAGACGAUUUCCGGCUGGAGGAUUCCAAGGAUUACUUCCGGCUUGCACCCGGAAAGACCGUGGGCCUUUUCCAAGCCCCUCACCCAAUUACCUGUACAUCGUACAAGACCGAUCCUGUCUCUGGGAAGGUCGUGGAGUUAAUCUGCCGUUUGGAAAACACAGGAGCUUUUCAGAAGCCCAAAGCUUUCAUCCAGUGGGUGGCAGAACAUGCACCUUCAGGAAGUCCUGUCAUUAUAGACGAAACGAGAAUUUUCAGCCGUCUAUUCAAGAGCGACAAUCCUUCGUCUGACUUCAGAUCUGACAUCAAUCCCAGUAGCUUGGAGGUCGUCAAAGGAGCUAUGCUUGAGGUGGGCUUCCUGCCGUUGGCAUGGCGUGCGAUGGAAGAAGCGAAGAAGGAGAGCAAGACUAGGACAGAGGCUGCAUUGAAAGAUGCCGAACCUCCUGCAGCUGACAACGCUACCCCGCAUGCGACCAGUGGUCAGCUUGUAGGCAAUGAGUGUGUACGGUUCCAAGGCCUUCGAGUUGCGUAUUUUGCUCUGGACAAGGAUACGCGGCUCGCUUGCUUGGAUGGCGGUGCUGAGGUGAAGCAGCAACAAGGAGAUUACCUGGUUCUCAACCGUAUUGUCAGCUUGAAGGAAGAUUUGGGCAAGUCGUGA